CAUACUUGUUUGACGCUUACUGCACACCGUACUCCCAUGUGUUUUUGCCAGUUCUGGACCAGAGGCAUGACCAGAGAAGAUGAGUGAGAAUUUGAAAAAGAGAUUUGACUUUCCCAGCCCGCUCAUACAGGCCCAGACGGUGAGGAGUCUGGUUGCGGCUGUGCUGAAAGAGAAGGGCCAGAAUGAGAGGAUCGGCCAGUCCUCCACCCAGGGCCCAGCAAUGGAGGCCCUGUGGGAGCAGUGCUGCAGUGACUGUGCUGCUGUGCGCUCAGCCUGCUGUGACGCCGUGGUGCUCCUGGUAGAGCAGGCCCACGCCGACCUGCACUACAUACUCCACAGCGUCCUCAACCUCCUGCCCUCCGCCAGGAAUGUGCAGGGGUUGAUAAAAGUGAUAGGAAGGCUUCUCCAGGUGCAAGCGGACCAGCGAGACAAAGGAACGCCCUUCACUUGUCCCUACUCCAUCAGGAGCAGCCCCCAUCCAUACAUCAUCGUCUUGGAGAACCGUCCUGACUGCUGGCCCGUUUUGCUGCUGGAGAUUGACGACUUCAUCCAGCGGGCCGCUGACAGGGGUGAGUCUGCGUACGUGACCAUGUUGGCCCCUUUCCUGCGCUACCUGUACUGUGAGCCCCAGCGGCUGCCAGAGUACGCUCUGCUCAGACACAGCCUCCUCAGGGUCCUACUGCCCCCCCAGCCGGGGGAUCACAACCAAGAAAAGAAGAAUGACCAGGAAACUGAAGAGGACCCGGGACAGAGCCCUGUGGUAUGCCACAGCCUGGUUCGCUGUCUCUACGAGCUAGUUCCUCACAUGCAGGUGGACAGUGUGGAGGCAGUGUUGGAGCUGCGGGGCCUCGUGGAGGCCAUGAUCCCGGCUCUGGAGGUGGCCGACUGGGGGAGUGAGAGGGCCCAGCUGGCCCUGCAGCUGCUGUGUGCCUGUCAGCUAAGUCUGAAGCUUAGCGGAGACUGCAGACCACUACUCCAACUACUGCACCAGCUCCUCCCCACCCGCACAGAGGAGUUCCCUGUGGAGGACAUGAUGGUGGGCUUGGCUCUGCUCCUUCUCGAGGCCUCAGCGUCCCAGCAGACCGGGCUGCUUACACUGGCCCUAAGUCUGGCCCCCCCAGAGUGUGAGCGACCCCCCUGGGGUACCCCGGUGCUGGUGCUGCCUCUCCUGCAGGUCCUCUCCUGCUCAUCCCUCAUGGAGCCCCUGACGGACUCCCGCACACACACACGCAACCAGAGCCUGGCCCAGAGUCUCCUACAGAAUGCGCAGAGAGAGUCCUCCAAGCCUGCUGAGAAGGUGUCCCAGUUAGCCUUACCCCUCAGCCCGUGGUCCAGUGAGUUGCUGGUGGCCACCCAGGUCCUACGCCAGGUGACAGGGGACCCGGUGGCGGCUAGCGAGUGGCUCUUGGCAGUGACCUCGGACCUGCCCCUGAGCCAGCGCGUCCCGUCUCCCCUCACCCUUACCGUGGCUCACCUGGUGGUCACCGGUCAGCAAGACGUCUGCAGACUGGCCCUGAAAACCGCAGCUGCCAUCGCCCAGGCAGACCCCGCACAGGUCCCAUCCCUUCUUCAUGUUCUGCUGUUUAAGCUGGGGAAGGAGUGUGACCCAGACUUGUCCCACGCUGUGCUGUACUCACUGCCAAACUUUGGGACCCAUAAGUUGUGUCUUCCCCAGGUGCUCCACACUCUCCAGAUGCUGGGCAGCGCCCCCAAGCUGAGGGCCGUGGCACUGCGCCUCAUGACCGCUCUGUGGGAGAAACAGGACCGUGUGUACCCUGACCUCCAGAGGCUGAUCUCCCAGUUCGAGAAGUCUGUGCUCCUGGGGAAGGAGGCCCAGUGGGAACAGAUUCUAGCCAGGGCUGCCUGUGUCAGAGACAUUUGCAGAGAGAGGCCCUACCAGCAUGGAGGGGACAUGCUGGCUGCCAUCACACACACUCUGGCCCAGUGUUCCAGACCAGACCAGGCUGCCCCUGCUGCCUUGGCCCUGCAAGGUCUACACGAGCUCUGCCGCACCGAGGUGGUGGAUGUGGGCUCCACAUGGACAGCCUUGGGCCCUAAGCUGAGCUGUGACUCUAGACCUCUGGUGGUCAAGGCCAUAGCAGAGCUCCUGGCUCUGCUGCCACAGCUCACUGUCAAGACAGAGGAGUACGAGAAACUCAAAGAGCAGGUUGUCAGCUUUCUCUGGGGCUACGCUCUCAACAAGGAACCUGAGGUGGCCAGUUGUGGAUACAAGGCUCUGUCAGAGUUCUCAGAGGCAGCGCACACGCUCCUUCACCUCCCCGAGCAGGUCAGACCAGUCGCAAAACUUCCUGAAAAUGUGGAGGAGGAACAGGUAAAGGAGAAAGAUGAGGAGGAGGAGGAGGAGGAGGAAGAUUUGUCCAUUCCAGGUCCAUCCUAUGUGAAGCUCCUAGGUCUCACAUCCCUCUCAGUCCUGCCAGCAUUUGAGCUCUUCCUGACCUCACUGGUGAGGCAGGAGAUGAGCCAGAUGCCCCGUGGGGUGUACCACUCUGCCCUGAAAACGGGGAGCCUCCGGUCAGACCAGGGGAAAACGGUGGCAGGGAUCCCAGGCUUCAUGCUGAAAACCUAUGAGAAGAGCAAACAGCCUGGUCUCAAACCUGGCCUGGCAGCUGGCCUCCUUCUCUCCUUUGACUUGCCUGUCCAGACCGACCGAGAUGGACGACCAAUCAACCGCUUCCUCCUCAGCAGGGGGCGGAGCUACCAGCAGAUGUUAGCCACUCUCAUUCACGAGGUGAACAUUCAGCCAUCAGAGUGGCAUCGGGCCCUCCUCCUACCCCAGGCCUGGCGAGGGUUCAUGAGCCGAGCGUACCAUGCCGUCCUACAGGGCCGUCGGGCAGAGCUGGAGAUGCAGCAGAAGCAAGGCAAGGAGAGUCCAGAGGAGCUGCAGUACAAACAGCACUGUGCCUGGCUCUGGGUCAGGGACCAGCUGACUGAUGUUGUCAAAUCUGCAGCAAAGGACAGUCCGGUGGUGCAGGGGAACUCCAUCUUGGCUCUGAGCGGUCUGGCUUCGGUGCUGGCCAAAUACGAGAGCAACAUGCCCGCUGACACGGAGGGAGGACUUGGGGUGGGCCCUGAGAUCCUGUCCACAUCCACCUGGCUGGCCAUGGUCCUGGACACUCUCCUCAGCAUCGUCAGCAGCAGCUACAAGCCCAGAGGACAAGUCUUCCCCUGGUUCCUACACCGGUCCUACUCGGGAGAGAACACGGCCAGUGCCAUCGCCCGCUCCUGUGCCGCCCUGGCCCUGUCCCUGGUGGUGCCUGUGCUGGUUGCCUGGCACAAGGACAGCGUGCCACAGGUCCUAGCCACCCUGAGGGCGGGGCUUCCCGGCUCCCCCACCGCAGACGACUCCCAGGCCGUCCAGUUCCACUCAGGCCUGGCCCUGGGCAUGCUGCUGUCCUGCCUGCACCAGGAGAGGCUCAGUGAUGUGUCAGGUCAGAAGAUCACAGAGCUGUUGAUGAGUUCUCUAGACACUCUGGAAGCCUGCUGCUUUGACAGCAACCUGGAGUACAAUGCGGGCUGUGUGCUGGGACUAGGCCUGGUGCUGGGGGCCCUUAGUGGCAGUGGACAGACCGAACACCGGGUCCGUGUGGGCCUCACCCUGGACAAGCUGCUGGAGGCCCUACAGGGGGACAGCAGCAGUCAGGGUCGCAUGCUGCAGGAGGUGUUGGCCUACUCUGUAGCAGGUGUGGGGGUGGCAGCCUUCAGUGGAGGGGUAGUUGAUGCCCUUAAAUCAGAGGAGAUCAUGAGCACUCUCCGUAGCAUGACAGAGGAGAGCCAGCAGACUCCAGGUUUCUCAUUGGCUCUUGGCCUGGUUGUUCAUGGUCUGUCAUCCUGCGGCCACGGCAAGGCAGAGGACAUCCAACCCCGCCUUCUGGAUGCCUGGAUCAAGAUCCUACUGGCUGAGGGCUGUCCCACCAUGCAGAGGCUGGCUGCUGUCAACGGCCUGGUGGCUCUGGUGGGAUCAGAGACUGGCAUCCUUCAGCUGAAGAAUGAAUCUGAGCAGUCCUCCCAGCAGCAGAGCAGAAUGAACGAGGUCAUACGGGCCAUCACACAGAUCAUCACAUUCUCAGGGGCCAUCGGGCUGCAGUCUAACAGUGCCUGUCUGGUGGGGCACCUCCACCUGGCCCACAUGUCCACCAGCCACAGCCGCACAGCAGUGCCCCAGGACUUCAGUUACCUCCCAGAGAAGAGUGUGAUCAGGUCUGCUGUGGACUUCCUCACCGAGGCAGGAAAGAAAGGUCCAGAGUUUGCCCACCCUAGCCUGGUGAAGACAGCCCUGGCCUCCCUGGCCACAGUGGGAGGGAGUUACCAGUACCCCCCUGUCAACUGGAGCGCCAUCCUGUCCCCUCUCAUGAGGCUCAAUUUUGGUGAGGUGGUCCAACACCAAUGUAUAGAGCUGGCAUCCAACCAAGCCCAGUCUUCCCAGAGUGCAUCUCUCUUCCUGGGGGUGUGGCUGAGCCCUCCCCUGGUUCACAGUCUUAGUAUGUGGACGCGAGGUCACCUGUACGACAAUCUCUCUGUAUGGAUGAAGCACGUGUCGGAGGACAAGCUUCAGGUUUACGUGGAGACCCUGGGUCUGCAGCAGUUCCAGCAGCACGUCCGGCCCCAGCGCCUGGCCAUCUGUUUGUCCCUCCUCCGGGGCCUGGCACAGGCCAUGGCCCUCCCCAACCCGCCCAACACCGUCUGGGCCGUCCUGUGUACUACUAUAGAGAAGAUCUUCAACGUACUCCCCAACCACAUACAGGACCAAGAGGUGCACCUGUACGUGGGAGUCUCCAAAUGUCUGUCCGAGUUGGCUGACACAGAGAUCGACCGCAUCGCCCAAGUCACAGAGGAACAGAUGGAGAAGACCAGCUUCAUCCUGGCUCACCUCACCUCUCAGGGCCGAGUGCCACUCCUGGGCCUCAACGAUGUCAUCGCGGCCGUGCUCCGGGGUUGGUCCAGCCACAAGGUGGGCUGGCUCCUCCUGCAGACUUUCUACCAAUGCCGUCUGGCCGCCAGCCCCAACACAGGUGUGUCCAAACGAAUGGAGUGGCUUUUGGAGCUGAUGGGACUCAUAAGAAAUGUUGCUUACGGAGUGACCACUGUCAAGUGUGGAGACACCAGGCAGGCCACUGACUUCCUGCUCCAGGUAUUCGCUGCGGCGGUGAUCUCCUGGGGCGACCACACCAUGCCCCUCCUUCUGGGCGUUAGGACACAGUGGUUUCCAUGGCAGCAGGGGUCAGAGCCGCCCGGUCUACCUCACGCUCUCUACGGUGACGCCUUGCUGGCCGAGCAGUCAGUCUCGCUAUGCCUGUUGGGAUUGCCCCACAGCCUGAGGCAGCUAUUGGCUAAAGAGCCCUGGAGGGAACAGUCACAGAAGUUCAUAGAUUGGCUUUUCAGCAUCACUGAAGGUCCGGAAACUGGUCUGUCAGAGACUUCCAUCAACACUGCCAAAGCUGCCUUGCUGGCUCUGAAGUCCUCCACGGAUUUCAAGAAAAAAGCGGUGUGGACGCGAGCGUACGGUUGGUGACCUGGGCCAACUUCCUGCUUUCCUCUAGGCUCACAGGAAGUGACAUCACAGCCAUUCGGCCCAGCCUGACCUUCUUCAGCUUUGACGCUUCAAACACUCACUGCCUUGGUCUGCAUGUAGCAGUAUAUUGUGGGCGGUAUCCCAGGGUAGCAGCCGCAGAGGUCACUUGGGGGUUAGGGAUGGAAUUUGAGAGGGAGGAGAAAAAUAAUUCCCCCACUCUGAGGUGUCCUGCUUAAAGCUAGAAUCCUUGAUUGUUUUGGUAAAAAGCUGAGGGAUGGGCCUGAAGAAAUGUAACCGCUCUCAAAUUCAUAGACCGAGCUAUGGAUGCAAGGACUGACCAUCCAUUAUAUCAACAUUUAUAGUUUGAUCUAUGUUUUGAGGCUAUACAGUGUUUGGUUAAUUUAUUUUUUACAUUGGAGUAGAUUUUGGGUUCUGAUAAAGUACAACAAUUGAACAAAACUCAUGAGGCAAGUUACAGUCUUCAAGAAUCAAUGGGUAUAUAUAAAAUAUGGAUGAAGCAACUAAGGAAUCUAGCCUUGUGGAGAUAGUCUAGACACCCCUGUGCCUGCCCUUGUUUCAAGGUGGGGCUUUCAACAGUGGGAUGCUUUGGCCAUGAAACAAUCUAUUUUCCCCCAUGACAAGGUGUGUGUGUGUGUGUGUGUGUGUGUGUGUGUGUGUGUGUGUGUGUGUGUGUGUGUGUGUGUGUGUGUGUGUGUGUGUGUGUGUGUGUGUGUGUGUGUGUGUGUGUGUGUGUGUGUGUGUGUGUGUGUGUGUGUGUGUGUGUGUGUGUGUGUGUGUAUCAUUCCUGCCACUUGUACUGUGCAAUUGUUUACUUUACUAACAUUACUGAGAAAAAGACUUGUUGUGCAACACUGAGUUCCUCAUUAAAGCACUUGAGAUGUUAACACAAA